AUGAUGGAUUCCAAGUCACAAAAGGAUCCCAUGGACAUUGAUGCUGUAGUUCCACGAGGAACUAGAGCCAGUCCAUGCGGGUUCCAUGAAAAUGGCACUCUGUAUCCUGUUUCUGCUAAUGAUUCGGGUGAAGGCCUCCCUUAUGCUCCCGAGGAUUUUCCUAAUCCUGGUGAUAAGUGGAGUUGGAAAGUAGGGAGGCGAAUUGCUAAUUCUGGCUUCUUUUUGGAUAGAUAUCUGUACCUGCCCCGCCGUAUGCACCAGCCUGGGCCUAAAAAAUGUUUCGCUAGCAGACUCUCACUAGAACAAUUUGUCCGGAAGAAAUUCCCUGAUACAGAUAUUGUCCAUUUUUUUGCUUCUUUUAGUUGGAAGGUCCCUUCAAGGUCACUGAAGAAAGGUUUCAAGGAGAUGCUUACACCUCCAGUUGAGAUCACUGAAGACAAUGGUGAACCGCGUUGCAAAUCUGGCAACAAAUUUUGCAGCAGCUUAAAUACACGAGAUGAGCCUGUUCCACAAGUCAUGUUAUGUGAUAUUUGCUGCGAGGAACCGGGCUUCUGCCGGGCCUGUUGUUGUAUCCUUUGCCGUAGAGUGAUUGAAAGAGGUUUAAAUGGGUGGGGUUAUGUUACAUGUGAGGCCAAAGUCGAGGGGCUCACUUGUGGACACAGCUGCCACAUCGAAUGUGCCUUGAGAGCUUACAUGGCAGGGACAGUCGGAGGGAGCAUUGGUUUGGAUGCAGAGUUUUAUUGCCGCCGGUGUGACUCAAGGACGGAUAUGGUUCCGUUUGUCCAGAACCUUCUAAUGAACUGCGAGUCGGUUGGUUCGGGAGAUGAUUAUAAGAUGUUGCGGUUUGGUGUUUGCUUGCUCCGCGGGUCGACGAGAAAGGGUGCAUGUGAGUUGUUGCGUAACAUUGAGGUGGCCAUGUCAAAGGUAUCCCACGAGUACGGAAGCCGAGGUUGCGGCCGACAACGGAUCGCGGUUGGCGCAUGCGCGGCCGGUUUUCGCUUGCGGCUGCACCGUAGCCGGCCGAUAUUGCUCGUCGACCGAACCCUAGGCGGCCGGCUCGCAGGACGACCGCACCCUAUGCAGCAUGCGACCGCCACCGCUGGCCGACCACGUGCUCUGCGGCCGGCGAGCCUGAUUGAUUUUUUUUUUAUUAAUUGA